AAUUAGUCCUGCAUCGAUUCUGUCAUCAGACGUCUGUUGUGGUUCAAAUUUAUUAAAGAUAAAAUCAUCUUAUUUUCCCAAUUAAAAGAUGCCAAACCCCGUAGUUUUCUUCGACAUCACCAUUGCUGACGCCAAGGCGGGGAGGAUCACAAUGGAGCUUUUCGCGGACGUAGUUCCAAAAACUGCUGAGAACUUCCGGGCCCUGUGUACUGGCGAGAAAGGUUUCGGGUACGAGGGUUCCAGCUUCCACCGCAUCAUUCCCGGGUUCAUGUGCCAGGGCGGCGACUUUACCAAACACAACGGGACGGGAGGGAAGUCCAUCUAUGGUGAUGCCUUCGAUGAUGAGAACUUCAAGCUGAAGCACUCUGGCUUUGGGACACUUUCCAUGGCCAACGCCGGACCCAACACCAACGGCUCGCAGUUCUUCCUCUGCACAGAUGACACCGACUGGCUGAACGGUAAGCAUGUGGUGUUUGGGAAGCUUCUGGAAGGCGGCGACGUAUUGAAGGCGAUGGAGAAGCAAGGCACCAAAAACGGAAGCCCCAAAGCCAAGGUGGCUAUCGAUAAGUGUGGCGAACUCAAGUAGCUCCAGAAUGCCCCCUGCCCGCCGUUGCGUUUCCACAAAAUCACGUCAGCGCUUUUGCAUCAUGUCUUCUUCGCCACUAGACUUGGGAAUGCUUUUCUCCUCAGUCUUGCCAAGCAAAAAAAAAUGCUCGCCAAAAGGUGGCAAAUGGGAUGUUGUUUUGCCGAGUUUUUUUUUUUCAGUUCAAGAUUUUUUUUCCAGAAAAAAAUUGCCUUCAAAAAAAUUCUUUCUCUGCUAAGAAAUUUUGACUCCACUGGAAUUUUUAAAAAUUUCCUUCUAAAGAGAUGACUUGCCAAAUAAAAGUUUCAGGUGCCCCAAAA